AUGUCUUCCACUCUUGUUAUUGUAUUUCUUUGCGCUAGUUAUGCUCUAUACUCACUGCUGUGCUUGAUUCGAAACAUUCGAAUCGCCAAAACCAUUGGCAUCCCAGUGGUAUGGAGCCCCAUCAGCCCAUUCAACCCGUUUUGGAUCAUCUUCAAUAAACGGCUGUCCCCGAUUAUCCAACGUCUCCCUCUCAGCCUGGGAAACUGGACUCAGCACAAUGCGCUAGACUGGACCUGGGUAGACCGCGUUCACCGAGACUCACAAGUCCAUGAGAAGCUCGGCGAUACCUUCGCUCAUGCCACUCCAAGGGAGAUCGAAAUACACACACGCGAUCCUGCUGUCGCUGACGAGGUGUUACGGAAACGUGCCAAUGAGUUCCCCAAAAUAAGCCACUAUGCCAGCAAGCUACACCCAAACUUUCCCAAAGUUUCCUCGAAGAGAUGUUUGCUGACAACCAUCGUCACAGAGGUGCUCGAUUUUCUUGGAACGAGUCUUGUCUCGUCAGAUGGCGAGGACUGGGUUCGCCAUCGCAAAGCCACCGUCUCUACACUGAGCGACAGGAAUAAUCGACUUGUCUGGACCGAAACCGUCAGGCAGACGCAGCAGAUGAUUCAGCACUAUUUCUCAGCCUCGAGUGGUCGCAUCAUUGACCCCGUAGAAGACGUUCGAGAGGUGUAUCUCCACGUUUUCACAGGUGUUUGCUUCGGUGUCAAGUACGACUUCCGCCAAGCCGCAGAAAAGUACAUACCGGAAGGUCAUUCACGCAGCUACAAGGACUGUCUUCACACCAGUCUCAAGGACUUGCUCAUUCUCCGGCUGGUGCCAAAGUGGAUCUUGGAUCUGCCCGUCUUGCCACACAGGAUUAGCAACUUUCGCGAUUCCGCGCGUGAAAUGCGCCAAUAUCUCGACGAGAUGAUUGCUUCUAGUAAAGAGGAGCUGGAAGAAAAGGGGAUAAGAAGACGGACUCAGACGGAUAAUCUUCUAAGCUUCAUGGUUAAGAGUAAUGGCGAGAUUGAGGCCAAGAACGCGAGUUCCGAGGCGAGUUUGAAGCGGAACUGUCUUACAGAGUCAGAGAUCCGUGGAAAUCUCUUCACUUACUCACUCGGUGGGCACGAGUCGUCCGCUCAUACCUUGACUUUCGCGCUCUAUCUCCUUGCAGCUCUUCCAGAAGAGCAAGAGUGGCUGGCAGCAGAGACCACGUCAGUCCUUGGCCAAAAGACAGAUUGGCAAUCUGAAGAAUCAUUCAUGGAAGUGUUCCCUCGCUUGAAGAGAUGCCAAGCUGUGAUGAAUGAAACCUUGCGGCUCUUUCCAUCGGUCACUGUGCUGCCGAAAUGCACCGGUUCAGAGUCCACGACACUUCCCGUCAGCGGGAGCGAUCGACAUAUCCCGCCAAGUGUCAAUGUCUACGUUAACAUGCCCAGCAUUCAAAUACACAAGCCAGUUUGGGGCCCGGAUGCGACAUCAUUCAGACCAAGCCGUUGGAUCACUUCAUCACAAUCACUUGCAGGGCUGGAAAACGAGCAGCUCCGGGCUCCCCCUGAGGGCGCAUUUCUGCCGUGGAGUGACGGCAAGCGUAUCUGCCCCGGGAAAAGGUUCUCUCAGGUGGGCUUUGUGGCAGCGCUUGCGGCAAUCUUGCUCAAGCAUAGGAUUGAAGUUGUUCCUGAUGCUGGGGAAAGCAUGGAUGACGCGCGUAAACGAACGCUUCGAGUGGUCAACAACACGUAUGCUGUCAUGACUGUUCACAUGUAUGAGCCGUCAUCUGUAAAGCUAGAACUUAUCAAGAGAUAG